AUGGCGUUUCGUCUACCACCACAACCCCCGGAAAACGACUCGACUGAAUGGGUGCUCUUCUCCCCCUCCCAACCUUCCGUCACCGCCCAUACACACACCACCUCCACCGAACAUACCCCGCGCACCGCGGGCGCGUCUCGUCUCAGUGACUUUGGCUCCUUUGGCACCGUGACCCGGUCCGCCUUGGGCCCCGAACAGGAAGAUGACGCCGACGACCUGGAUGAUGUGUUGGACGAGGAUGGGACCGAGUUAGACAGUCUAGACGACGGUCUACACGCCUUCCGAGCCCCCGAGGUGGAUCAGGGAUCCGCCUCCAAGUGGGACCAAGGGGACAGCUCCGUUCUUCCGGCCCAUGACGGCCUAGGCAGCUUCCAAGCAUCUAGUCAGACCGUGCAGGACCAAUUGUGGCAGCAUGAGCAGUACAACCCCCGGCGGAGACCCGAGCUGCGCCUGCGCCGCCAUUCGAGCGUCCAACGCCAGCUAGAUGCCAUGGUGGAUAAUGACCGGACCGAUGCGGAGCGGGACCGCUGGCAGCGGAUCGAGAGGUGGAGAAUGGACCAGAGCCGGAUGCUCUUGAACGAGAUCGAGAAGGAGACGCGGAAGCGGCGCAGCAGUUGCGCGGGCGUGUCGUCGAGUGAUCGCGCCAUGCCACCGUCCGUGACUCCGGAUACGCCACGCAGUAUCCCGGAGGCGGCUCCCGCGGAGAAGCCCCAGGAGGGUGAUCCGGAGUCGCUUUGGCAACGGAUCACCCGCAAAGUCAUUCGGGAUCUCAUCGGCAUCGACGAUUCUCUGCUCUCAGUCAUCUUCGGGGAGUCCCUGGUGGACACCGAUCAUGAUGCGCAGCGUACAUCUACGGGGACGAGUCAGCCUUUUGAUUUGAAUGAGGCGUUGAAUAGGGAGCUGGGCUCCGUGCCGGACGACCAGAACCAGUGGCAGAGCAAACUCCUUCAACGCAUCGCACACGAACUCGGCGUGCUGGUUCACCAGCUCUGCGAGCACCCCGGCGCAUUCACGACGUACCUCAACGUGUCGAAUGACGCUCACAACCAGUACGCGGGGAUCCCGCUCAGUCGUGUCCCGGAAGAGGGAGCGGAAGCCCCAGACACAACGGUAUCCACCCGGCCUGAAUCCUCGUCCAAGGCGACGGGCAUAAGCCUGGGAGAGUCCAUGCCCUCGCCGCAUUUUAGCCCGACGAUCCGUAGUUCCCAUUACCACGAGCAUGCAGCGCAGUGGGGCAUCGAAGACGACGCUGAUUCAAGCCGCGCAGCAGAGCCCUUAUCGGAGUCCGCGCGUGUUCAGCACGAGAAAGAAUACUGGGAGCGCGAACUCGACGUCAUGAUGGUAUUCCGGUACCUCCGCAACCGGUUCAGCCAUCGCAGCACCACCUCAGAUUCGCACCACACCACAUCACGCCGUCCCCCACAGGACGCCUCGCGGCGCGCGGCGGUCAUUCGCCAGCACCACCCGCUCGUAGCCCGCGCUCACUCCCGCUCCCAGGCCCAGGCCCGUCGCCAGUCACAAUGCUCAGCCAACGGUGCUGGUUCAACAGGGGUCUCCUCGCCAAUCCUCCGACAGCACUUCCGACGCUCCAGCUCCAGCUGUGCCAGCCAGAGCGCCAAGCGGUCGGCCAUUUCCAGUCGGCGAACGCUCACCAGCUCCAGCCGAAACUACUGGGACAUUGGGGGGAGCGUCGACAGCGGCAGCGCCGUGGUCCCGGUGAGCGCGGGGGUACCGGCGUGGGGGGAUGUCUAG